AGUGCACAGAGUGGAGCAUGUAUUUCCCAGAGGCCAGUGGGACGAGCCAGUCACCGGUAGAUAUCAUCUCCAAGGACGCUGUGUUUGACCAGAGCCUGGCUGACCACCCGCUCAAGUUCAGCUAUUCCACUUCACGGGAGACGGAAGUGUUGAACAAUGGGUACACUCUCGUUGUGUUUCCACGAUCCAAACAAGUAUUAUCCGGUGGUCCGCUACCAGAGGACGCGGAGUUUGAACUGUCUGAGGUUCGAUUCCACUGGGGCAAAGACUGCGACAGAGGGUCGGAACACUUGGUUAAUCACAAGGCUUUUCCCAUGGAGGUUCAGUUCGUCCACUGGAACGCCCGUAGCUACAGCAGCAUAGAGGAGGCCAUAGGCAGCCGGCACGGUAUUACUAUUGUGUCUAUGUUUGGUCAGGGUCGCCAGAAAACCUUGUCGGGGCCUUUCAACCCAUCAACGUUUUUGCCUGACCCCGCCCUUUGGGAUUUCUGGACCUACGACGGUUCGCUAACUACACCCCCCUGCUCGGAAAACGUGACGUGGAUCGUGCUAAGAUACCCUCUCAUGUUGUCCAUACCUCAGAUGGAGAACUUCCGGCGACUGUGCACAUUUGUCAAAGGCGACCACCCGCACCCAGGGGACGACGGCUUCAUGGCAGACAACUUCCGUCCACCGCAAGCUUUGAAUGGGAGAAAAGUCAGAGCCUCGUUUCAAAGCUGAGCCGUUUAUCCACGAUUAACUUGGUUUCUUCAAGUUGAGCCUCGUUUCUCCAAGUUGAACCUUUCUUCGAUGUUGAGACUAAGAAAGCGCACUGUGUUCUCUUGCUACAGGAUCUUUUGGGUUGUCAACGAGGGAGUGUGACGUUACCACCUCCCCAGACGUGAAGUCCUAUAGUCCAGUAAGAGGCGGACUGAGUUUUGUAUGGUUUGGACGAACGACAAUGUCAGUGUACGUUUUUCUUGCUGGAACAACCACUAAGAAAUGCUGGUAAAAACUCCAGAAAAGUUUCAAUUGUGUAAUGGAAAGGGCGUCAGAAAUAGAGAGUUAGAAGCAUGAGUUGUUGACAAUCGAAGUGGCAAGAUCACAUUUGGUCAUAGGGAAUUGAAGGUACAGAUUGUAUGGCAUGCCUAAAAUCUCUUAUUUAAAGUUCAACAGAAACACUCUUAAAUAAAAUGAGUGUUAUUUGCAAUAUAUUUCUACCUAAAGUUGAAUUACAAAUUACAGUCUCCGUGGAUUCCUUUGGUAGUAAGGGUGGAAGAGGGAAGUUAAUAGGGGAUAUAACUUAUAAGCGAAUGUCUCACUUGACCCUAUACGAUAAUUUACUAUAAUUUAUGCUUAAACUUUGUCAGCGCAACCCGAACUGUGUCUGUGUCUUAAUUUCGUCGUCACAGAAGUGGUAAUGCUUUAUACUUCUGUCACUUGCAAUAUUGUAGUCCAGAUAGGGGCUAGCUUUCCCAAGUCCUGAGGCUGGAUUGAGCGUUUCCGAAUAUCUUACGAGCUAAAAAAGGAGAAAUAUUGGGUGAAAUCGGUUGAAAUUUCCUAGCUCUCAAAAGAGAUAUAUUAAAACUGACAGUUGAUCUAUAGCACAAUAAUAUGUCCUUCAAGGGAAUUUUAUGUGAUGGCAUAUUAUUAGAUCUAUUACUUCCACUAGGGCCGGCAACUAUAAAUUGUAAUGUUCAAGACAGACAUUUUUCUUUUCAUUACUGGUUAUUGUUAACUCACUGCAGGCCACAUUCAUUUUAAUGAUAAUUUCUGGAUCGACCCUCCGUCCGGACUGAAGUUACUUGCAGGUCGCGAGCUGUAGUUUGCUCAUACCAGCUUUGGUCUGCAGUCUUUAGUCUUUAGGUGAACAGACACCGACUGGGCUUUACCGAGGGGGGGGGGGGACACAUUGUCCAAAGUGCAGUUACAAACCAUGGUUUACCAGUUUAAAAAAACAAAACAUAUCGACUAAUGAACAGACACAGACCAUGGUUUACGGGGAGGGGGGGGGGUGUCAUACGCACGCAUUGACUA